CACUGUGUGUUUAACUAGUUGUACUUGUCAUUCAGACAUCCCAGGAAUUCAACACGGCCAGCAGCCAGACAGCGCGGCGAGACGGGGACAUUUCUCACUUUUAAAUUGCGUCCUCGUCGCGGGAGAAGCCCAAACCGACGGAGUUGUCGGGUGAAAGAGGGAAACGUGUGGCGGAAAGCGUAGCGUGCAGAUGUGAGGGCAGACGCCAGAGACCACUCUCACGAUUCAAGCAGCCCCGGAGUAGUGACGUCCUCUUCAUCCACAUCCCUGCCGACGUAAAUGCUCUUACAUGAAGAGGGGGGAGAAGCCCGAAGGAUACCGACAGAUGAGGCCCAAAACGUUCCCAGCCAGCAACUAUAGUGGCAACAGCCAGCAAAUGCUGCAGGAGAUACGGAAUAGCCUGCGGAACUUGUCCAAACCCUCCGACCCACCGAAAGGAGACUUUGGUAUACCUGUGAAAAUGCACCCGGAGGAUCUGAGGCAGCAGGGGCGCAGCAGCAACCCCAAAAACCACUACCAGAAGGCCUUACAGGAGAUACGCAAGUCGCUGCUGCCUUUUGCCAACGAGUCCAACACUUCAGGGUCCGAUGUGAACAAGCACAUGCUGCUGGAGCCCCCAUGUGCUGGCUUCGAGGAGCCAAGCAACUUCCGAGGUGCAGCUCCUGAUUACAUGAGUAAGCCGAGCUACCAGGACCCAAUGAGGGAACAAAUGGCUGCUGCCAACCCCUCCACCGCAGGCCUGAAACCCCCGGGAGCUCACAUCUCACAGGCUGUGCUGAGGAGACCGAGCUGGAAGGGCUCGAAGGAGUCGCUGGCGCCUCGACAUGGUCCUCUGGUGGUGGAUGGGAUGAUGUACCGCUCAGACAGCCCCGGUCCGCCUCCCGCCUUCCCUCAGGGCCACCCUGCUAACGCCCAGAGGGUCAACCAUCCCCUGCCGCCUCAGGUGCGCAGCGUCACGCCCCCGCCGAUCCGGGGGGCCAUGCCUCCCGCGUCGUCUAGGGACAGUAAUCCAUCAACAAAGCGCUACUCUGGAAACAUGGAGUAUCUCGUGCCUCGCAUCUCGCCGGUACCCCAGGGGCCCUGGCCCGACGGCUACCCGACCGGAGCUUCUCAGAAUCAGCGUGGGAUCAGCCCGGUGCCCAUGGCCCACCAGCCCAUCAUCAUGCAAAGCUCGGGGGGAAAUAAGUUCACUUUUCCCUCUAACUGGUCUCAAAAUGGCUCUGCUCAGCAGGACUACAUGGCGGGAGGCAGCAGACAGCCUCCCCCCCCAUACCCGGUCAACCAGAGCAGCCGGCACAGCCCCACUGACCAGCAGAUGCAGGCGGGAGGACCUGCGUCGUCCCCCUCGUACCUGAAUGGUGGGAACAUCCCCCAGUCCAUGCUGGUUCCCAACCGAAACAGUCACAACCUGGACAUGUACAGCAUCGGUCUUCCUCAGUCCUGGCCCCAGGGACCCCUGGGCUCCAGCCAGCCUCAGUCGGCCUCCGGCAGCAGCAACAACCAAGACCUGUCCCCGUCAUGGCAGCACAACCAGGUGGGCCGCUCCAACUCUUUCAAUAACCCCCAGCUGAACAGCAGAGCGGCUCACCCGGCCAGCUCCCAGCCGUCUGCCACCACCGUCACCGCCAUCACACAGGCGCCCAUCCUGCAGCCCGUCAAAAGCAUGCGGGUGCAGAAACCCGAACUGCACACUGCCGUCGCUCCGACGCACCCGCCGUGGCAGGUCCCGCCUCCCGCGGCCACGCCCACCUACCCAGAACCCCCAGCGCCGGUCCGUCAAAUGUCCGGAGCGGCAGAAGCGCCCAGCUACCAGGGCCCUCCCCCACCCUACCCAAAGCACCUGCUGCAGCAGCAGCAGCAGGCAGCAGCCUCCCCCCCAGCCUACGACCCGGGGGCCAGUAGACUCCUGGGUAGAGAGGAGAACACCGAAGAGGAGAGCAGCGGCGAUGGCACCAAGACCGCAGAGAGCGCGGAAAGUGCCGCAGCGACGGAGAAGGAGAAGAAGCAAAUCACGACGUCUCCGGUGCCGGUCCGCCGCAACAAGAAGGAUGAGGAGCGGAGGGGGGAGUCGGGAAGAGUCAACCUGUAUUCUCCCCAGGCCUUCAAGUUUUUCAUGGAACAGCAUGUGGAGAACAUUCUGAAGAACCACCAGCAGCGGAUUCGCAGGAGGAAGCAGCUGGAAAGUGAGAUGCAAAGGGUGGGUUUGUCCUCGGAAGCCCAGGAGCAGAUGCGCAUGAUGCUCUGUCAGAAAGAAUCCAACUACAUCCGGCUAAAGCGGGCCAAGAUGGAUAAAUCCAUGUUCAAACGGAUCAAAACUCUGGGCAUCGGAGCGUUCGGGGAGGUGUGCCUGGCCAGGAAAGAGGACACGGGAGCGCUUUACGCCAUGAAGACGCUCCGCAAGAAGGACGUGUUGCUGAGGAACCAGGUGGCUCACGUCAAGGCUGAGCGGGACAUCCUGGCCGAGGCCGACAACGAGUGGGUGGUGCGCCUCUACUACUCCUUCCAAGAUAAGGACAACCUGUACUUUGUCAUGGAGUACAUUCCUGGAGGGGACAUGAUGAGCCUCCUCAUCCGGCUGGGAAUCUUCAAGGAGGAGCUGGCCCAGUUUUACAUCGCAGAGCUCACGUGUGCCGUGGAGAGCGUGCACAAGAUGGGCUUCAUCCACCGAGACAUCAAGCCCGACAACAUCCUCAUCGACCGAGACGGACACAUAAAGCUGACAGACUUUGGUCUCUGCACCGGUUUCCGCUGGACGCACGACUCCAAGUACUACCAGAGCGGGGAUCAUGUGCGGCAGGACAGCAUGGACUUCAGUAAAGAGUGGGAAGACCCGGCCAACUGCCGCUGCACCGACCGCCUGAAGCCUCUGGAGAGGAGGAAGGCCCGGCAGCACCAGCGCUGCUUGGCGCACUCGCUCGUGGGGACGCCCAACUACAUCGCACCAGAGGUGCUGCUCAGAACAGGAUACACGCAGCUCUGUGAUUGGUGGAGCGUUGGCGUCAUCCUGUACGAGAUGGUUGUUGGACAGCCGCCUUUCUUGGCGACCACGCCCCUGGAGACGCAGCUGAAGGUGAUCAGCUGGCAGAGCACGCUGCACAUCCCCCCACAGGCCAAGCUCAGCGCCGAGGCGUCCGACCUCAUCGUGAAGCUGUGCCGCGGACCCGAGGACCGCCUCGGGAAGAACGGCGCCGACGAAAUCAAGGCCCAUCCCUUCUUCAAAAGCGUGGACUUCUCCAGCGACCAGCGGCAGCAGGUGGCGCCGUACAUCCCCACCAUCGCUCACUCCACCGACACCUCCAACUUUGACUCGGUGGACCCGGACAAGAUGUGGAGCAGCGACAGCGACGGCGAGGACGACCUCAACGACACCCUGAACUGCUGGUUCCGCAACGGCAAGCACCCCGAGCACGCCUUCUACGAGUUCACCUUCCGCCGCUUCUUCGACGACAACGGACACCCGUACAGCUGCCCCAAGCCCAUCGAGUACGAGGGCGAGGACGAGGCGGACUGCGAGGCCGCGGGCCAGGAGACCACGCAGGGCCCGGAUCUGGUCUACGUGUAGCGCCGUCGGCCCGCCCGGCCCGUGUACAGAAGAAGGGGCUUGAGUGUGAUUCAGCAUUGAGAAUGAUCAUAGGAGAGUAUGUCUGUAGGAGCUAACGGGACGCACUAAUACAGAAACGGAGAACUGAAAACCGCUCGCUGAGAAGAGGUCAACCCGGAGUCCACAUGGUGUGAGAAUUCCAGAGCAGCACAUGACAGAAAGGUCGUAAAACCUCGCGAUAAAAACAAAAUUAUCACCUGCGAAGUUGCUGAUUAUUGAGAAAGACGGCUGUUAGUGUGAGACUUUGGAAUAAAAACCUCAGAGAACGAACUUCAGAGGCUUCCCGAGCACGAUUAACGUCGCCUCAACGACCUCUGCAUGAUGUCAGAUGUGAUCCAGAAUCUGCAGCAAAUGCAGCGUUUAGAUCAUGUGAGAAGUUGUAGCUUUUGUUAGAGUAGAUUUUUUUUUUUUUGUGACUUGCUGUAUACGUCCAUAUGACAGGCAGCAGCGUGGAAGUAUUGAACCCGAAACCACAGAGUUUCAAUCAAUGCAGUCAGUUUGAGACGAGAGCAGGAAGGCGUCUCAACCUUCUGCGCUUACGUCUUUCAGAUCUCAGAGGAAUCAAACUCCAUGUGGACAAAAGGCUGUGAUACGGUCAGCUUCGCUUUUUCGCUUAAACACUAAAAACAUCGGCAGGUAACUAAAUCUGCCUGUUAGUACAACUAAUAUGGAAUAAUACACAUCGUGUCUGGAAGUAAAGACACUUGUUUAAAAGCACAAAUCCUGAUCAAUAGGGUGACGAGAAAGAACUAAGUUGAGGUUUUACUUGCUUGUUUUGGUUCCAUUAACUUUUUUUUUUUGCACUUUUAAUUGCUGGAGAUCACUAAAUUCAAAUUUGGGAGAGAAAAAAGAAGCAGUAGAGGAGCCUGUAAACUAAAAGUUUGAUUUAAAAGCCACUGAUGGGUUGUCACUGUGGGUCCAAACUAGUGCCAAAUCACAGGUGAAUCACAUGAUCAGUUUCAGUUCCUAUCUUCAAAAGAAAAACAAAAAAAAAGAACCUCAACAUUAUUGCUAUUGGGUGGAUUAAUUACCUCUGGACAGAAGCAGCCGGUUUAAUCUCCUCCUCUUCUCAUUUUGAUGUUUUAGCUGUGCGGCCUGAGAGGAACAGAAAGCAGGGAAAACAACAGGGUGCUCUGUGUAUCGAACCCACCCCCACCCCCCACCCACCUUUAAACCCUUAAUUUAUUUCACGAACUGUAGCUGGUGAUGCUAGUCUAGAUGCUGUUUGAGUGCGGGGAUUUACAUUUAUUGGUUUAAAAAACAAAUCUUAAUUUAUAUUUUAAUGCCUGUUGCAAUGGGGAUUUUAGUGUUGUAGAGAUUUGCAGGGAAGAUUUGCUCUAAUUAUUCAUUGCUGUGCCUUUUUUUUUUUUUUUUUUUUUGAAUGAUUGUUUUUUAAUCUUUCACCAAAUAUUAAAGGGGGUUCCUAAUAAUCAAGACUGGCAUUUUAAAGUGAGAGUAGCAGCAGUAGUUGAACGAACUACAGUAGGAUUUUGUUCUGUAUUUUUCUAAUUUAUACUUAAAAUGUAUUUAUAAAUUAAGUUGUAUACAGUGGAUGUAAAUAUUUUUCUCUUCCCUGUAAGAUGAUUUUUUGUUUUUUUGGGCAGGCCCUCAUCAGUCCUCACUGCUGCUGCCUUCUGUCAAUAUGUGACUUUGAACACUAAUCCAAGGACUCUGAUUAGAUUUAAUGCCUUUUUUGUUUCGUUGUUGUUGAAUUUAGACUUCAUGCUGUCUCUCAACCAAAGCACUAAACUGGCGAGUUGUUUCAUGACCCCACAGAAGUAGGUUUUUUUUUUUUUUUUGGUGGUGUUCAAUUCCACUGUCGCACUAAAAACACCUGGUUCACUCGGUUUGGGAGGAUUCACCCCGACCCAGUGUUUUUUUUGUGCUGAAGAUACGAGAGAAACUGGACUCUCUGAUCACAUAUCACCACGGUUUCGUAACCCGCUGUACUACUUUUACUUCUCUUCGUAGGAAAGAUCUCUGAAUGUAGUUUUUACGGACUUCUCUGUGACCACUGUCGUUCUGCACUGGUUUCGUGUUUUCAUGCAGAGAGAGAGUUUUAUUUUUGUGUACAUUGUUGUUCUGGGAGGUUUGGGAUCAGGGACGAGGGUGAUCAAUAAAAGAAUGUAAACAGGUUCUACAGCCACA